UGCAGAUUGGGAGCUCAGUCACAAAGAAGCGCCGAGCACCUUGGAGGAAAUUUAUAAGGGUGUUCAUGCUUCUUGUGUUGCUGCGUGUUUAGAAACAUCGAAUCUUUCCAAGAAGACAUUAUUCCUUUGUCUAGUCGUGCUGGCUGCUUGAACUUCCAUCGAAUCGAUUUCACACCGGAGAGGACUGAUGCGUUUCCACAAUAUGUCAACUAACUUAUUAUUAGUCCCAAUACCGGAAUCAGGCGAUAAUGUAACGAACAGGGACACCAAGAUCGCGGUUUUAGGAUCGAGCACUGUUGGGAAAACAGCCUUGAUCGUUCGAUUCUUAACCAAGAGGUUUAUUGGUGAUUAUGAAUCAAAUACAGGAAAUCUUUAUUCAAGGCUGGUUCUAAUUGAAGGAGAACAGCUUUCACUGCAAGUCCAAGACACACCUUGUAUCCAGGUCCAAGGAGAAUGUGCACAUUUUCCUGACAUUAUCUCCAGAUGUAUUCACUGGGCAGAGGGUUUCAUCUUAUUGUAUUCAAUAACAGACUACAGCAGCUACAAAUUGAUUCGUCCCUUGUAUCAGCAUAUCCGCAAAAUGCACCCUGAUACAAAAGUCCCUGUGAUCAUUGUUGCUAACAAGAGUGAUCUACUGCAUGCAAGACAAGUCCAGACCAAUGAUGGAAUCCAAUUAGCGAAUGAACUUGGUACAACAUUCUUAGAAAUCUCCACCAGAGAAAACUAUGGGGAUGUAUACGAUGUUUUUCAACAUAUUCACAGAGAAGUUAGUAAGCUACAUAUGAGCAAUAAUGCAGAAAAACGAAGAGGAUCAAUUAUUCCACGACCGAAGUCCCCAAACAUGCAAGACUUAAAACGACGCUUCAAACAGGCACUUUCUUCCAAAGUGAAAUCUAGUGCCACUUUAUGAAAUUGAUUUUGAAAUUAUUUAAUCCUGUAGAUAACAAACAGAACUGAUCUGUACAUGUUUAAUAUUUGUAAAUGGUGCCUUGCACAUCCAGAAAGAUUACAAAAAUAUCUUUAAUAGAUGGUUGGGCAUGUAGAUUUGCGUGGCAAUGAAUAUUCAGCAGUGUUUAGUCAAAGGAAAGCUAACUCUCAAAGCUCAUGUAAUUCCUACUUAUGACAACUUAGCUAUUCAGACUUUGUGAAUGACUCGUGUUUAUGAUGACAAGUAUGGCAUUUCUGGUGUUGUCAGUAAUGGCCAUUUUCUUGAAGAUGUCCUGUUGGAAAAUUCUCAUUGCAUUGUUGUGGUCUAUUUAAUCUUGAAGCAAAUUGUGAAAUCAGAAGGAAUUUUUGCAAGGAAAAAAUUGCAGAGGUGAACAGCAGAGUCACAUGAAGAUUAAUAGCAUCUAAGGACUGCAGAAGAGUGGAGUGUAAUUACGUCUGGUUAUACAGGAUUCAGAGACUGACAGGCACCAAGAGGCAGCAUUAUGAAUUACCAAUUGGGAUUCUAGGAUUAUUAAAAUAUUAAUUUGUGGAUUUGGUUUAUACUAUAAAUUCUAGAUUAAAAUAUUCUGUCAGUCAUGCUUAGUGAAUUUGUAAUCACACUUGAUUGCAACACAGCAGUCUAUUUACUGGAAAUAAUACUUUUUAAUGUACUUUGUAUAAACAAUGAUUGCUUAUUCUUGUGAACAAACAAAUGUGAUCAUUUCUACAUUCAUAUAAAAUGUUUAUAUUGUUCCCCAGAGUUAUUCUUGUACUAUUAAUAAGUAAAUUGGCAGUUCCAGAAUCCACAAGGGCUACUGUUAUUUGUUUUGUCUGAAGAGGAUAAAGUUUCCAUUUUAUAUUUGAAUUAAUUACAAAACCAAAGGAAAAUACAUUGAAUUGCUGUGCAUUUCUUAUCUUAUUUCCAGUAAUUUAUCUAGAGUCAUAAAGCAUGGAAGCAGGCCCUUUGGCUCACCAUGCCUAUGCCACCUAUCAAGUACCCAUCUAUACUAAUUCCAUUUCCCAGCUCAGCUUGUAACCUGUGUAAUGGCAUUUCAAGAGCUCAUCUUAAAUAUUGUGAAAAUAUAAACUCAGUCACCCCCUCAGGCAGUCUGUUCCUGAUUUCAAUCACCCUCUUGGCUGGAAAAGUUCUUCCUCAAAUCUCUGAGUUAGUUAUCCCUUAUUUUCAACCUAUGCCCUUUGGUCAUAGACAGCUCUGUUAAUGGAUGUUGAGGACUGUAACAUUUUAUCCUGCACUCUAUUAUUGUUUUCCCUUGUACUACCUCAAUGCACUGAUGCGAUGUAUGGAUGGCAUGAAAACCAGUU